ACUAUGGCUGCUACAGUGAACUUGGAGCUUGAUCCCAUUUUUCUGAAAGCCCUGGGCUUCUUGCAUUCCAAGAGUAAGGACUCUGCUGAAAAGCUGAAAGCACUUCUUGAUGAGUCUUUGGCCAGAGGAACUGACACAAGCUAUCGUCCAUCUCAGAAGGAAGUAGAGCAACCAAAAGUAUCUGUUACCAAGCCUAUUACCAGUAAGCAAGAGCCUAAAGCUUCUUCUAGUUUGCCUGCUGGCAGCAACAAUGGCAAACCCUCUGUGUCAGAGAAGGUGAAAAAAGAAACAGAAAAGAGAUCUGAUAAAAUAAAAGGGGAUAGCACCGAAGGGGCUGAUACAACGAAGAAGCCCAGGCUAGAGAAGCAAGAGGCUCGUUCCUCUCCUAUUACGGUUCAGACAAGCAAGGAUUUAUCCAUGCCUGACUUAUCUAGCUUUGAGGAAACCAGUGCUGAUGACUUUGCUAUGGAAAUGGGAUUAGCCUGUGUUGUUUGCAGGCAAAUGACAGUUAUUUCUGGGAAUCAGCUAGUGGAGUGUCAGGAGUGCCAUAAUCUCUACCACCAGGAUUGCCAUAAACCUCAGGUGACAGACAAGGAAGUGAAUGAUCCUCGACUUGUGUGGUAUUGUGCCCGCUGUACCAGGCAGAUGAAGAGAAUGGCUCAGAAGACACAAAAACCACCUCAAAAACCAGCUCCUGCAGUGGUUUCAGUUGCACCAGCUGUGAAGGAUCCAAUGGUCAAGAAGCCAGAAAUUAAGUUAAAACCUGAGACCCCACCAACUUUUCUAGCAUUCAAGAGAACAGAAGUCAAGACCUCGGCAGCAGUUUCGGGGAACUCAGCCAGUACAAGCGUUUCCUCUUCAGCGACAAGUGGCCUUACAGGAUGGGCUGCUUUUGCAGCCAAAACCUCCUCUGCCAACCCAUCAACUGCCAAACUGGGAUCAACGGCACAGAGCGCCAGUGGGAAACCCGCCGCU